AUGUCUGAUGAUGAGGGGAGCUUUGCCCACCAGGGAGAGGCCCAGACCGGAUCCUUGACUUAUCCAAUGCAGGCUGGCGCUCUCAAGAAGGGAGGUUACAUUUGUAUUAAUGGCCGUCCAUGCAAGGUGAUUGACCUUUCUGUGUCGAAGACGGGUAAGCAUGGUCAUGCCAAGGUUAGCAUUGUUGCCACAGACAUUUUUACUGGUAACAAGAUGGAGGACCAGGCUCCGAGUACCCAUAAUGUGGAGGUUCCCUUUGUGAAGACGAACACCUACAGUGUGUUGGAUAUUGAAGAGGAUCGCGAGGAUCCUAGCAAGCCUGCUCAUCUUUCUCUGAUGGACGAUGAGGGGGAAACACGCGACAACCUGGAUAUGCCUCCGAACGCGGAAUUGGCCGCGCAGAUAAAGGAACAGUUUGAAGCAGGAAAAGAUGUCUUGGUCGUUGUGGUUUCUGCAAUGGGAACGGAUCAGAUUCUCAGCUUUAAAAAUGCAGUGGAGAAGUAA